AACAUGGACAUUAAAACGUUGUUCCAUAAUCUUCGAGAAGAAGUGUCUUGUCCAGUGUGCACUAACAUAUACACGGAUCCAAAACAACUCCCAUGUCUCCACAGCUUUUGUCUGCAUUGCUUGAAUCAAUGGCACAGAACAAGCCAUGGCCGAGACACAAUCAGAUGCCCGAAGUGCCAAGCUCUUAGCAGACUGCCUGAAAGUGGCGAUUUGAAAGAUCUUCCCACCAGUUUUUAUCUGAACGGCUUGAUUGAUGUGCUGACAAUUAGAGAAUGUAAAACCAGCCAAGUGAAAUGUGGAAAUUGCGACAAGAGCAGCUCGGAAAGUUCCUAUUGUUUCCAUUGCUGUGCAUUUUAUUGCCAAGACUGCGUAAUUGGGCACAACAUCAUGAAACCCUACAAAGAUCACCGUGUCCUGGCGCUUAAAGAAUUUCAAGACAAGGACUAUGAGGAUGUAAUGAAACGACCUGACUUUUGUUCUAAGGAAGAUCACAACAAAGAAGAGCUGAAGUACUUUUGCAAGACUUGCGAAAUGCCAGUUUGCCAUAUUUGUGUCAUAUUGGACCACGGAGGCCAUAAUAUGAAAUUAAUCAAGGAAGAGGCAGAAAUACAGAAGAGUGAGAUGAAGUCGUUGGUUGAAAAGCAGAGAUGCAUUUUGCAAGCAAAGAUGAAAACCGUCAAUCAACUUGAUGAAGAGUUCGCCAGACUAAUGCAACAAGGCGAAGACGUAAAUAGAGAUGUUCAAAGACUUGUUGACAAUCUCGUGGCCGUUAUUGAGGCGAAAAAGCAGAAUAUACUAUCAUCCUUGGAGAAAGAAACGAGCAGAUCGCUUGAUCUUGUAACGGAGAGAAAAACCGAAAUUCAACGACAAAUAAGGGCCAUAGAAUCUGCGCUGGAAAACGCUGAUAAGCUUUUUACUCUUAGAGGUAACGUUGAAAUCGUUCGACUAAGGAAAUCAUUAGCCGCCGUUUUUGAAGGAGUUCCUCAAAUCGAGCCAAUUGACCGUGACACCAAAAGCCUUCCGGCUGGUUUCGUUUUCGAGGAAAAUCUAAAACUGUCGGAGACUGUCAGAAGUCAUGAAAUUGGAACUUUAAAAAUCUUGCAACUCACCGAGGCAAGUCAUUUCAUUUGCGAAGGCAAAGGAAUUAAAGAAGGAAUUGUAAACCGUAAAGCACAAUUAAAUUUGACCCCAAGAAACAUUCGUGGAAAACAGCGUUACAAUGAACGUGACCAUGUUACGGUGGAAAUCAGAGAUGAACGAGCACGAGAAUGCGCGACGGAAGUAGGAAUAAAUGACUGUGAAGAUGGACUCCAAAAAGAUCAAAGAAGGUGUAAAGUGAGUGUAAAGUUUGACGGGGAACAUGUUCGUAGAAGUCCUUUUACCGCAGUCGUAAAACCAUUUCAAUUCAAACCUGUUUUAACUUUCGGUGAAAAAGGUUCGGCUUUAGAAAUGUUUAACCACCCUUCUGGGGUAGCAGUAAAUGCUAGGGAUGAGAUUGCCGUAGCUGAUUUAUCCAAUUACAGAAUUCAAAUCUUUAACUGUGAAGGAGGUUACUUAAGAUCUUUUGGUCGUCACGGUAGCAAAGCGGGAGAAUUUAAAAGCCCUAGAGGAAUAGCAUUUCAUAAUAAUGGGAAUAUUUUCGUCUCGAAUUUUUGGCAUCAAAUUCAGAUUUUCGAUGGAAGGGAUAAGUACAUAGAAACCUUUGGUGGGAUUGGUAGCCUUGAUAAACACCUGAAUGAUCCUUGGGGUCUAUCUGUAGACAGUGACAGUAAUGUGAUCGUUGCUGAUAAAGGAAACAGCUUAAUCAAAAUCUUUUCUCCCGAUGGAAAGUUCCUCAUGAAAAUAGGUAAGCGGGGCUCUUUGGAAUCUCCUAUGCACUGUAUUCAGUAUGAUAGAUAUCUCAUAGUGUCAGACAACGGUGAACAUUGUAUCAAAGUAUUUGACAGGAAUGGAAACCCUCAGUACAAGUUCGGAAAGAAAGGUAGUGGGGACGGGGAGUUUCACAGUCCUUCUGGUAUGGCAGUGAACAAAUCAGGACACCUGAUGGUCUGUGAUGAAUUUAAUCAUAGAGUACAAGUAUUUGAACUGAAUGGUAAGUUUAUUGGCAAGUUUGGAAGAGAGGGGAGCAAUUUAGGAGAGUUUAAAAAUCCUGUGUCCCUUGCAAUUUUGAGUAACGGCCGAAUUGCUGUUAGUAUUGUAUUCAGUUAUUUGAAACAUCAAUACCGGGUAAGGUGCAGUAAGGUCAAAAGUCAGACAUGCGCAAGUGGAAUGUUUUUUGCCAGCUGCGCGCUAAUUCCCCAUUAG